CAACAGCAGCAGCACCAGAAUCACAAUCAAAGAAGACGCGCAUCUCUGCCAGCAUCAACUUUCUACUCAUCGUCGUCGUCAGCAACCAGUGACUUUCAGCAACUUUCACUCAAUAUGGGACGCAGCGAGAUUAAACGCCCGAUUGGACGCGGUGGCGGCACCAAUGACUCGUCAGGCGGUGGAUCCACGAACCUGGUUGGGAAAUUCACACAAAGCGUUCGCCGAAUCGUUCAAGACGUCAAAGAUGAGGGAUCACCAAGCGGACAGACACGAGAGCAAAUCAUCGAGACGAAUGAGCGUUUGCGGUGCGUGCGUGUCCGUUUGGAAGAGUCCUAUGACACGGCCAAGAAAGCUCUUGUGAAUCUCAUGAACAAGUACGGUGACUCGAAAAUCCACAAGAACAUCUUUGCGCGCUAUCCGAUGUUGAAGCUAAUGAUCAAGGACGUCAUCCGGUUGGAAGCCGAAUACUGGACCCUCGUGGAGAUCCCGAAGCAGGAGCAAAAGGAAACGGUGCCGAUGUUCGUGAUGCGUUCGUGUUCCAUCAUGGAGAAGACCCAAAAGUCCGGCGAAGGUGUCAAAACGGCGGCGCGAAUUCAGGAGGAUGCCGCAGAACGUCGUGAACGCAUGGACCGAUUAGAAACUAUGACAACAUCCCAGAUAGAAGGGGAAAACACGCAAAUGAUUAAUGACAUGUACCGUUUAUUAAAGAAAUAUUCAGGAUUAAGGAAUUUAAUUCGCGAUCUCAAGUCCGAAUACGAUAGUUCAAAAAUGUAUCCAAUUUUCCCGCGCUACACAAUACUCAAAGGAAUGAUCAAGGACAUCAUGCAUCAUCCGGACUACAUGGAGGUGUGCCACGAAGUUGACUGAUCCACGGGGAACUUUUAAGUUUGUAUUUUUCGCAUUUUAUUUGGUCGUUCACGAAAUCGUUCACACUUUGGCUUUAAUUUGUUAUUUAAAUUCGAGAGACGAAACGUUCAUCAUAUAUAAUUAACGCA